AUGGAUUCUAUAAACGACAUUUCAGAUCCAAAGAUAAAUUGUUUAAUUACAUUUGCAGUGGUUUUCUCCAUUAUUAUAGUGGAUACUUAUGAAAAAAGUUUCGGACUCAAGCAUUUGAAAAAAUCAUUUGUGAAGAGAACCGUAGAAGAUGUAGCAGAUGCAGAGGAUUUUGAAAUAGAUUCUACACCACCGUGUCCGGUGAUUGAAUGUGUGAUAGUGACUGAUAGUUUCAUGUCUACAUAUUUUAGCAAAGAAGAAAUAAGACCAUAUCUAAAUAAAAUAAUUCGUAUGUCACAGGAAAGGUAUCUCGAUGAAUUAGAACUCAAUCUAACACUUCGUUUGAUUGGACAUAUCUCCUAUACAAGCGAAACCGAACCGAAUUACAUUACAGAAAGUCUCUAUUCGCCCGAUAUCAUCGCUGGUAGUGUCCUUUCUAAAAUGAUUGAGAUUGAAGACAGUCCCGUUGUAUCAAGAGCCGAUAUUAUUGUUCUUCUAACUGGACGUAGUCUAAUUUUAUCUCUCCCAAAGCCAGGAGAAGAUCCACAUCACAUCGCCGGUUUGGCUUUCGAAGGAAGUGCUUGUAAUUCGUGGAACAAAUUUGCUAUCGCAGAACAUAGCAUCUUUACGGACUAUGCGGUUGAUACCUUUAUUCACGAAAUUGGACACCUAAUCAAUAUUGGUCACGAUUCGGAAGCUAAAAAUUGCUCACCGAAAUUGCUACAUGGAAAAAAUCAUUAUUCUUAUUGCGCUAAGAAAGGCGUAACAGAAUUUUUAGAUACACACUCGUGUUUUCUUGAUCACUGUGACAAUGGGAGAGAAGGAUCGACUAGUAGCUGGAGAAAGAAAUCUAGGAAUGCGACUUUGACUCAAUUUCGCCGAUUUGUUGACCUGUUGUUGGCUGCCUUCUCUCUUGUGAAGUGUUUGAUCAUUUAUUCCUUGUCUUGGUUCAUCUCUUCGGUGUAUCCCAUAAACACCGUCAUGAGGAACAGGAACGAAUUAGAGAAGAGAACACGAUAUUACGAACAAUACUUUGGGAUUACUUAUGACAUUCAAUUCCUAUUGAUUUAUGAGAGGACGUUAAAUGCUUCACAUUCGCAGGAAUCGCCUUAUUCAAAAGUGCAUUGA